AUGUCGCCAGACAAGCAGUCUUCUAGCGCAAAGUCCAAGAAGAACAAGAAGAAGAACCAAGCCAACAAGCAGAAUGCCGACAGCAGCAAAGCCGGAAAUAAUGAAUCACAAAACGAUGCCGCUGCUGAAGAAGAGUCGAAGGAGGAACUGGAGGAAGAAGAAGUGAAUGGCUCAAACCAAGGCCAGAAAGUCAACGGUGGAAGUAAAGUUGCUGCAGAUUCUGCGACAGAGAAACAAAACGAUGACGGAGAUGGCGAUGAAGACGACGCCGAUGCCUCAGACCCCGAGACAACAACCACCACGAAGCCAACGGUCUCAGAAGACAAUAACAAAUUCGACGACCUAGUACGAGACCGCGACUCUCUUCGCGCCGAAGUCACUGAGCUCCGCAAAUCGCUAGAACAAAUCCAACACAAACACGAAGAAGAAAUGGAAGCGCUGCAACAUAAAUUGAACGAAUCCGAGGACAAGAAAACGCAAGCUGAGACGCAAUUUCAGAAACUCCUGGAGCGAGUGAAUACGAUCAAGUCGCAGUUGGGAGAGAGGUUGAAAGAGGAUGCUGAGGAACUCUCUCAGGCUCGGUCCCGUAUAGAAGAAUUGGAAGACCAGAACUCAGCGUUAACAGAAGAAGUGAGCGAGAAGUUGACCAAGAUCGCAGAGCUGGAGAAAGAUGCACGAGAACAUUCGAAUGAAUUAUCGAACUUGCGCAACAGAGCCAAUCUAUCACAGCAGAAUUGGCUUCAAGAGAAAGAGGAACUCCUUGAACAAGAGUCGUAUAUUCGGGCAGAAUUUGAAGAGGCUAAGCAGGCGAUGCAUAAUUGGGAAGUGUUGGCAAUGGAAGAGCGAUCCAUUCGGGAAGGACUUGCGGAGAAGGUCAAUGAUUUGGAAGAUCAGCUCUCGAUUCUUCGUGAUGAGUACAAUAGUGCUGUUUCGGAUAAUAAUACACAGUCGAACACAAUUGAUGGACUGCAGCGAGCAUUGCAGGAGAUACAAGACGCUCGAAAACAAGAACUGCGUGAACUUGUACAAAGCUCUGAUGCUCAGCUGGAAGAGCUCAGGGAGAAACUCCAACAAGUCGAGAAACGAGCCGAAGAAGCCAAAACAGAACUCAAAAAGGCGCAAACAGAACUAGAUCGACUCCUCCCAUUUGAGAAAGAGGUCAAGGAGAAGAAUCUGCUCAUUGGCAAAUUGCGACAUGAAGCUGUUACUUUGAAUGAUCAUUUGACCAAGGCGUUGAGAUUCUUGAAGAGAGGUAAACCAGAGGACAAUGUCGAUAGGCACGUCGUAACAAACCAUUUCUUGCAUUUUUUGGCUCUCGAUCGGUCCGAUCCAAAAAAGUUCCAAAUCUUGCAACUUAUAGCGGCUCUCUUGCAAUGGGAUGAUGACCAAAGGGAACAAGCCGGACUCAGUCGUCCCGGCACAUCAACUACUUCUCUCAAAGUACCCAGUUUCUACGUCCAUCGAACACCAAGCACACCCUCUCUGAUGAGUGAUUACAUGGAGAAUGGGAACAAUGCUGCCGGCGGAAAAGAAACGCUUGCAGAGCUGUGGUCUAACUUCUUGGAACAAGAGGCUGAAGCUGCUGGGGGGAAUGCAAGUAAGAGGGGGUCUACUGCUGGUCUUUCAUCUUCAUAG